AUGUUGAUUCCCAAGUCGAUCUGCUUAGCAGGUCUGCUGCUUCCAAGCGCCUCCGUAGCGCUGCAGGCCCCUGAAUCACAGUCAUCGAGCAACAAUGCCCGAGCAGACCCUGACGAGCAAUUCGACUACAUCGUCGUCGGCUCCGGCCCAGGCGGCGGCCCUCUGGCAGUCAACCUCGCCGAAGCCGGCCAUUCUGUGCUCCUCCUCGAAGCAGGCCGGAACCACACCGGCAACAUCACCCAGGAGGUCACAGCCUUCUUAGGGGCCGCCCAGAUAGCCGAGGACCAGGGCUGGUGGUUCUACGUGAAGCACUUCAGCAACGAGACGCAGGCCGCCCUGGACGACAAGAUGGUCUGGGAUAAGCCCAACGGCGGGCUCUGGGUUGGGACCGAUCCCCCCGAAGGGUCUACUCAGCGGGGCAUCUGGUACCCCCGGGCGGGCACCCUGGGGGGCUGCGACACGCACAACGGGGGCAUCACCGUUCUGCCGUCCGAGUCUGACUGGGACAACAUUGCGAGCAUCACCGGCGACAAGAGUUGGCACCACGAUAAGAUGCACAAGCUUUUCGAGAAGAUGGAGCGCAACCUCUUCCUACCCCGCGGGACUCCAGGUCACGGCUUCUCCGGUUACCAGCCCGUCGGCGUCGGGAACAAGACGCUCUUCGAGCAGGACCAGCAGAUGCUCGCCAUGGCUCAGGGCUCGGCGGCCGCUCUUGGGUAUCUCAAUAGGAGCAUGAGCACCGACUUCGACGUCGUCACGCAGAAGGACAUCAACGAGGCGCUGCCAACUCGCGAUUACGAGAACGACGUUUAUCAGAUCUCGUUCAAGAAGGAUGAGAAGAGCAGACGCUUCAGCGCUGGAAGCAGGGUGAACUCGGCCGUAGCGAGGGGUCUUUCCCUAACCGUCCGCUUCGACAGCCUCGUCACCAAGGUGCUCCUCGACGACCACCUGAGGGCCACGGGCGUGGAGUACCUGGUGGGAGAGAGCCUCUACCGGGCCGACCCUCGCGCCGAGGCCGCUGCAAACCGCACGACCAUAUUCCGCCGGCAGGCCACCGCGGGCCGCGAGGUAAUUCUCGCGGGUGGCGCCUUCAACACGCCCCAGAUGCUGAUGCUCAGCGGCAUCGGCCCGGCCGACGAGCUGAAGCGGUUGGGCAUCCCUGUGCUGGUCGACCUGCCAGGGGUGGGCAAGAACCUGCAGGACCACUACGAGGUCCCCGUCGUCAGCCGGUUCCCCAACAACUUCACCCUAUUCAGCGAGUGCCGGAGUUUCGAGGAGGACGAUCCCUGCAUGGCACAGUGGGAGAAGGACGGGUCGGGCCCGUACUCGACUCUCGGCUUCAGCCAGUUCAUCACCUACACGACAAGCGCGACGCCCGACGGGAAGCGCGACCUGAUCGUCUACGGCGGCGGAGGCUCCAUCCUAGGCCACCUGCCGCCAUACACCAACUUCACCGACGUCCCGGGUAGCUUCACGCUGACGGUGUCGGAGUCGCACCCGCGCAACCGGGCCGGGACCGUGACGCUCCGGACAGCCGACGCGCGCGACGUGCCGGAGAUCAACUUCGAGUUCUUCGCCGACGGCGGCGGCGGGGACGAAGACCUUGUCGGCCUCGUCGACGGCGUCCAGUUCGUGCGGCGCGUCUUCGACGCCGUGCCCGCGCCCAGCACACCUGUCGAGGUGUACCCGGGACGGGACGAGGUGGGCUCGCGCGAGCAGAUUCGCGAGUGGGUCCGGAAAGAGGCCUUCGGCCACCACCCGGCCGGCACCUGCGCCAUCGGCGCCGACGGCGACCCGCUGGCCGUGCUGGACGCCCGGUUCCGCGUCCGCGGCGUGGAGGCGCUGCGCGUCGUCGACGCCUCCGUCUUUCCCGUCGUGCCGGGCACAUUCCCGCUGAUCGCCGUCUUCAUGGUCAGCGAGAAGGCGAGCGAGGUUGUCUUGGCUGAUGCGGCGGAUCAAUAA